AUGAACGUGAACAUGAACAAUCUUCACCUUACCGAGAAUCAAGCACAAUUCAGGCAGGCUAGCAACCUCGAGGCUGCCAGCAACAACCUUCCCUACCAAGCCUCGAGCUUGCAGGAAGGCUUCUCAUACGAGCCUUACCAGCGAGCUGCCCAGACCACGAAUCUAGCAGCCAUGAACUCGAACGCCGGAAUCCCACCGCAGGAAUAUGCGAGAAAUGGAGAGACGGAUGUGCAGAUGGAGGACGCAGACCCUUAUAACCGUUCCAAGUACCCCUCUCGACCUUCACACCACAAUAGGCUGUCGCAGCAGUUCAUGCAAGAGAGUUCUGCAGCCCAAAGGUAUUCUCCUAUGAACAUCUCCACCUCUUCCGCUUCUCAUAUAUCUAGCCCCAAGUCGCAACAAACAAGCUCCUUCACUUACAGCAUUCAAUCCCCCUCGUCGCGACAAUCGCCUACUCGAGCAUACAGCGGCGACCGCUUCGCUGAACCUCCCACCCCGACUCGCUUCAAUUCUCAAUUCCUGCCCUCUCUACAGCGAUCCGAUGUGAGCCCAGACUCUUAUUUCCAGCCUCCGUCCACAAGCCAGACAAUGUCACCUGCUACUGGUGUACGCACCCCAGGCUCGAUUCAGUCUUCCCAACCACGUCUGGGCCCUGUUCCACGGUUCAGAAAAGUACAAAGUAUGGGCGAGAUCACUCACAGCAUCAACCAGCAGCCACUGUAUCGACGAGCUGAUCCAGAAGGUGGAUUUCUGAGCCCACUCGAAGCGCUGACCACGCAGCUACCUGCGACCUAUCGCAUAUGUAACCCUAAUUUCAAAUACGAAUCAUCACGAAACCCCCGACGAGUGUUGACUAAACCAAGUAAGGGUGUCAAGAACGAUGGCUAUGACAAUGAAGAUAGUGACUACAUUCUCUACGUCAAUGAUAUCCUUGGAAGCGAAGACGCUGGUCAUAAAAACCGAUACCUGAUCCUGGAUGUGCUUGGUCAAGGUACCUUUGGUCAGGUCGUCAAAUGCCAGAAUCUGAGAACUCAAGAGGUGGUGGCGGUGAAGGUAAUCAAGAACAAGACAGCCUACUUCAACCAAAGUAUGAUGGAAGUAUCAGUGCUGGAUCUGCUGAAUCAAAAAUUGGACAAAAACGAUGACCACCAUCUGCUUCGGCUCAAGGACACAUUCAUCCACAAGCAACAUCUAUGCUUGGUCUUUGAACUCCUCAGCGUUAACCUUUACGAGCUCAUCAAACAAAACCAGUUCCGUGGGUUAAGUACAACUCUGGUCAGAGUGUUUGCACAGCAGUUACUCAAUGGCUUGACUCUGCUCAAUAAAGCCCGCCUGAUACACUGCGACCUGAAACCAGAAAACAUUCUGCUGAAAAAUCUCGAAAGUCCGAUCAUAAAGAUUAUCGAUUUCGGUUCUGCCUGCGAUGAAAGGCAAACAGUGUAUACAUACAUACAGUCUCGGUUUUACCGAUCGCCCGAAGUCCUCUUAGGUCUGCCGUACUCAUCAGCCAUCGAUAUGUGGUCACUGGGAUGCAUUGUGGUCGAACUGUUCCUAGGUCUGCCUUUGUUCCCUGGCUCGUCAGAAUACAACCAGGUGUCGCGCAUUACCGAGAUGCUUGGCCUACCCCCUACCUGGAUGCUGGAGAUGGGCAAGCAAUCUGGCGAAUUCUUCGAGAAAACUACUGAUGAGUUCGGAAGAAGAGGAUAUCGGCUGAAGAGUAUGGAGCAGUACUCGAGGGAACAUAACGUAAAGGAACAGCCGAGCAAGAAGUAUUUUCAGGCCACGACUUUGCCUGACAUAAUCAGGAGUUACUCCAUGCCGCGCAAGAAUAUGAAACAGGCGGAAGUCGAAAGAGAAAUGAACAAUCGCGUAGCCUUUAUCGACUUCGUACGAGGACUCCUAACCACUAAUCCUCUCGAAAGAUGGACUCCACAACAAGCAAAAUUACAUCCCUUUAUCACCCAGCAAAAGUUUACCCAACCAUUCGUACCACCAAUGAACUUGAAGAAUGCAUCUGGUAAACCCCCAGCUCCUGGGGUACAGCAACAACAGCAAGCUGAAGCUCUGAGCAAACAAAGGGCUGCUCAGGCCGCACAAGCUGCGCAGGCACAAGCGGCUGCCGCCGCCGCCGCGACUCAAUCUGCUUAUGCCAUGCAGAUGAAUCAAUAUUCACAGAAUGCCUACCCACCACAACCGCCAGCUUAUGGCAAUAUGCAUGGUGGCACUCCCCAGGGCGCACCACCACCCUAUCCGACAUCGAACUAUCCACCAUACCCCCAAGGCCAGAUACCUGGCAACCAGUAUGGUGUCCAGCAAAGCCUGUACCAGCAGGCCACGCAAAGAGCUGGUAGGCAGAGAGCUGCCACUAUGGAUCAAGGGCAGGGUGGAAUUCCACCUGCUAUACAAAGAGUUGCGAGUCAUCUUGAUCCUACUCAGCCCAUCCGCCUGCAGCCUAGUCCAGCGUAUUAUCCUCCACCUGCUGAUGUGUAUAUGGACUCACCCUCCUCGAAUCGUCGAAGAAACAGCAGAAACCAACGUAACAGAGAUUUCAUUCGCACCUUGGAAGACGGUGCAAUGCAGCAAUGGCAAUGA